AUAAAUUAAUAGUUUAAAAUCGAGCAGAAAAGCUUUAGGGAAAUCUUACACUUGGACAUCUAACUGAAUACUGAUAAACAAGAUCACGAGGCAAUGAACGUAAAACCUUACUACUUGAUCUUCACUUUCAGUGUGUUGUUCUUGUUUUCUGUAGAGCAAGCAACAAGCAUAGAUGUGGUUAUUGGUGCGGUUAUAGACAACACGUCUCGUGCUGGUAUGGAGACAAAUAUUUCCUUACAGAUGGCAAUAGAUGAUAUUAGCAGACAAGCAAAUCAAAGUUUUGUGUUGCGAAUGAUGGACUCCAGAGGUGAACCUGCCAGGGCAGCUCUAGCAGCCAAUAGACUGAUUAAUACAGAGAAAGUGCAAGUGAUUCUUGGACCACAUACCUGGCAAGAAGCAUCAAGAGUUAUAGAAAUCAGCAACCAAGGUCAGAUUCCUACUUUCUCACUUGCUGAUUCAAAUCCCACAUGGGCACUAGAGCGCUGGCCUUUUCUUGUUCAAGCAUCAACGUCCAACCAAGAUGCACAAAUGAAAGCUGUAGCUGCAAUUGUGCAGUCUUGGGAUUGGCGACGGGUCACUGUUAUAUAUGAAGAGGACACUGAUUCCAUCUUCGGCAGAGUCAUACCUAAUCUCCUCAAAUCCUUACAAGAUGUAGGAGCAGAGAUCAGGCACCUCGUGCCACUCCCACCUUACGCUACUUCAUUGUCAGAACAACUUAUGAGGCUAAAAAGAGACCAGUGCAGAGUUUUUUUGGUUCAUACAUCUCUGAAAUUGGCCACUCACCUUUUUCACGAGGCUGAGCAGAUGCAAAUGAUGGAAAAAGACUAUGUCUGGAUUACUACGAACACAAUUACUGAUCUACUUUAUUCUGUCAAUCUUACCACCAUUUUUUCAAUGCAAGGUGUUUUAGGGGUCAAAAGACACUUCCCUGAGAACAGUUUAAAAUUCGUUGAAUUCAAGAAAAGAUUUCGGUUGAAGUUCAGCAUAGCAUAUCCGGAAGAAGAGAACAAUGAACCUGGGAUCUCUGCAGUAGAGGCCUAUGAUACUAUGUGGGGAGUGGCGACGACAUUUGCUAAAAUGAACAAUCAGAUUAAGAAUCGAAGUCAAUUAUUUCUUGAAAAAGUUUCCAGAAUCGACUUCAUUGGAAUAACUGGCAGAGUUCAUGCCAUUGGAAGGAAAACAGAAUCAUCACGUAUAUUUGGCCUUGUUAAUGUAAUUGGAAAGAGCUACCGAGAACUUGGAAUCUGGAAGGAAAAAUCAGGUUUCUCAAAGCACACAUCUCACAGAGCUAUAUAUAAUUCCUCUAUGAAGAACUUGGGACAAGUAUUCUGGCCCGGGGAGUCCAUGCACACACCAAAAGGAUGGAGCAUUCCAAGCACCACAGAGUCUAUGAAAAUUGGUGUACCAGCUGAAUCUAUGUUUAAACAAUUUGUAAACAUAGAAUAUGAUCCUCAGACCGACAAUUAUUCUUGCAAAGGAUAUGCGAUUGAUAUUUUCAGUGAAGUCAAGGCGCGGUUACCAUAUUAUGUGUCAUACGAAUUCAUCCCUUUCAAUGGGACAUAUGAUUCUCUGGUAGAGCAAAUAUAUCUAAAGAAAUUUGAUGCUGUAGUUGGUGACGUGGCUGUGCUAGCUGAUAGAUGUAAGCACGCGGACUUCACACACACGUAUUCAGCUUCAGCAUUGGCAAUGUUAGUACCAGUCCAAUCAAAAAUGCCCCAUAAAACAUGGCUGUUCUUGAAGCCAUUUACAAAAGCCAUGUGGCUGCUUAUACUGGCUAUAACGGUUUACAAUGGCUUUGUCAUAUGGCUGAUAGAAAGAAAACACAGCCCAAGACUUCGGGGAACUGCAACUGAUCAAGCAGGAAUCAUGAUAUGGCUAUCGUUCACGACUCUCUUCUCUUUGAAUGGGGGGAAACUACACAGCAAUUUGUCGCGGAUAGCAAUAGUAGUCUGGCUCUUUGUGGCUUUAGUCAUCACACAAAGUUAUACUGCCAGUCUCACUAGCAUGCUCACUGUCAAGAAGCUCGAGCCAACAGUGUCUGACAUCGAGACACUGAAGAUUAAAAAUGCCAAAAUUGGGUAUGGGAAAGGAGCAUUUGUUGCUAGAUAUCUGGAAGAAGUAUUGGGCUUCAAAUUAUAUAAUCUCAAGAAUUUCAGUUCACCACAAGAAUAUGCCCAUGCCCUCAAAACCGGAGACAUUGAAGCUGGAUUUCUAAAUGGCUCUUAUCUUAAACUUUUCCUUGCCAAGUACUGCAAGAGCUUUGUUGUAGCAGGACCAACAUAUAAAGUAGGAGGAUUCGGAUUUGCAUUUCCAAAGGGAUCUCCGAUGGUCAAUGACGUGAACAAAGCACUGCUAGAAGUAUUUGAAAGCGGGAAGCUUCGUGAACUGGAGGACAAAAUGGUUGGUUCUGAAAGGUGCAUUGAAGUGGACUCAAGUAACGAUGAUGAAAUUAGUCUGAGCCUUAACAGCUUUUGGAUACUAUUUGCAUUAACAGGCGGGAUAACAACGUGUGCUCUAACAAUCUACGCUCUGGAUGGCCUGAGGAGGCAAGCUACAAAGUUUACUCAACAAAUUAGUAAUGUUGUGACAGUGAUCUUAAAGCACUGGGGGCAUCAAAGAAAAAGAUUUUCGAGAAAAGUUAGUGAUGCAGAAGUUCCUGAAGAUCCACACACUGCAACAUAAUAGUUUUUCUGUACUAAUUCGACUUACAUUAGUUGUUAUUGCUAAUCAGCUUAUUGUAAUCACUAUACUGUAUAUAUUAUAACUGUUUAGUCUUUAAACUGUGCAGAGCAAAUGCAGAUUAGUAUCUGUCUUCACCAUGAUAUCAGAUUCCAUUUCUUAUAUUUUAUACGACUGUUUAUUCAUUCAAUAUUUAG